AUGAAAGGGUUGCCCUUUGCGUUGUGUAUCCAAACUCUUUUAUUCUGUUCCCUCUUGGUGAGCGUGUCAGCUGCCAGUGAUGAACUUGAACCUCGACCUGAGCCUGGGAGUGCUGUUGCUGGUGGUGUCCUUCAGGCAUCUUCUGGACUAGCUGGUGGUCUCGCAGAGGGGCCACAUGUGGACCGAAGUCUUGCAAAGGAGGCCUUAGGGUCAGGUCUGCCAAACGAUAGUCAAUUAAGUGAAGCACGUUCAGAUGAGGGAGAGAACCAACUGGGUAAUGAGGCUUCUAAGGCGUCUUCACUACCCAAAGGAAACCCAAAGGCAGGACAGGAAAUACCAACAGGUGGUCAACCUAUUUUGCCUACUCAACCUGGAAGAACAGAAGAAGGAUCUCUUUCUCGUCCAGUUCAUGGAGAAGUACCAACAGACAUUGUUGUUGCAAAAGAACAGGGUCAUCAAACACAAGACGUGGAGAGUCGUGAAAGUGGAACUGAAAUGGAAGAGUCACGAGUAUCACCUGGACGUGACCCUGCAGAGACGAAUAAAGGACGCGAUGCUUCACUGGGCUCCGGUCCACAGGUACAAGAAACAUCAUCUGGACGCACACAAGAGAGACAGCAGAAGGAGCACAAUGCUGACAGCCACAGUGGAUCAAGUGGAACUGCUUCUAACCAGGAUGGUACAGAUUCUCAAAACCAUCCUUCAACAACACAAGAGACUUCUACAACACCUUCACAGACAAGUGUGGAUACAACUGCAUCUGAUGGCACUCCUGUUAACUCAACUCAAGAAGGUAUUAAGAAUAUUGAGGCCAACGGUACUGAGUCUCCAGACACAACAACGAAUACAUCAGAGAACAUAAACACUGACACUCCCAAUACAACCAGUAAUAAUGAGGAACCACCCACUAUUCCAUCUCCUGUAGCCAACGCAGAGAUCAACACUAUUGCUUCCGCAGUACAGACGAACAAGACUAAUGUUGACAGCAGUAUCAGUUCUGUGUGGAUGCGCACUGCAGCACCGCUGUUGAUUGUAGUGGUUGUGUUGUUCUCUGUUACUGUGUAA